UACGUAGUAGGCGUGGCUACGCUGUACGGUCGGCGAGCCGCCUGGUGGUAGCGUGACUGAUUUCUGCUGUCCGCUCACCGUACAGCCAGAGGGACGCUUCGAAAGCCGGUGCAACGAUGUCCGAUGACGAGCAGCAAGAUCAGACCAUCGCCGAGGACUUGGUCGUGACGAAGUACAAGAUGGGUGGUGACAUCGCCAACCAGGCGCUGAGGGUCGUCAUCGAUGCCGCCAAACCAGGAGUUUCAGUUCUCAGCCUCUGUGAGAAAGGAGAUGCUUUCAUCAUGGCAGAGACUGGGAAGGUCUUUAAGAAGGAGAAGGACAUGAAGAAAGGCAUUGCGUUCCCCACCAGUGUGUCAGUCAAUAACUGUGUCUGCCACUUCUCUCCCUUGAAGAGCGACCCCGACUACACGCUGAAAGAUGGAGAUUUGGUCAAAAUUGAUUUAGGAGUACAUGUCGACGGCUUCAUCUCCAACGUGGCCCAUAGCUUUGUUAUUGGAGCUACUAAGGAAGCACCUGUGACCGGAAGGAAAGCUGAUGUCAUCAAAGCAGCACACCUGUGUGCAGAAGCAGCUUUGCGUCUCGUCAAACCUGGCAACCAGAACACUCAAUUAACAGAUGCCUGGAAUAAGAUUGCUCACUCAUUCAAGUGCAAUCCAAUUGAGGGUAUGCUGUCUCAUCAACUAAAGCAACAUGUUAUUGAUGGAGAAAAGACCAUUAUCCAGAACCCUACAGAUCAACAACGGAAGGACCAUGAGAAGGCAGAGUUUGAAGUUCAUGAAGUUUAUGCCGUGGAUGUGCUGAUCAGCACAGGAGAGGGGAAGGCGAGAGAUGGCGGCCAGAGGACAACCAUCUACAAAAGAGACCCCAGUAAGCAGUAUGGGCUGAAAAUGAAGACCUCAAGAAUGUUCUUCAGUGAGGUGGAGAGGCGCUUUGAUGCCAUGCCCUUCACUCUCAGGGCGUUUGAGGAUGAAGGAAAAGCUCGUUUGGGAGUGGUGGAGUGUGCCAAACAUGAGCUCCUGCAGCCUUUUAGUGUGCUGAAUGAGAAAGAAGGUGAGUUUGUGGCUCAGUUUAAGUUCACAGUGCUGCUCAUGGCCAAUGGGCCCUUGAAAAUCACCAGUGGACCACUUGAAGCGGACCUCUACAAGUCUGAAUAUGAUGUUCAAGAUCCUGAACUGAAGUCUCUCAUCCAGAGCUCUGCAAGUCGCAAAGCACAGAAGAAGAAGAAAAAGAAGGCCUCCAAAACUGCAGAGACUGCUACAGGCCAACCAGCUGAGAAUGAAGUUGCAGCUAAAUAGAGGCUACACCCUCGAAGAGCAAAAACAUCAGCAUUUCACUCUCGCCCUGUUUUAUCCUCUUCACCAUCAAACAUUGGCUCAAGAGUCACUGUUAAAGCCUGUGUUUAAAUGAUUUCUGCCUCCCCCUGUUAUGGAGAAAUAUGUCAUUAAGAUUUGGACUCCAAGCGAGUGCAACAAAUUUGUACUUUCAUAAUAAAUCUACUUUUUUUGCAGCACUCAAUUUACAUUUCAACUGGAACGCAAUGCCUUUUUCACAAUGUAAUUAAAAAAGCUUCGCAAUUCUUUUUGGAGAGUUGCGUUUUUCACAACA